AUGGGAUCAUCUUCGCAGAAGCCACCCCCAGAGCUCGAGUAUGGAGGCAACACAUUUACCCAGCUCUCUAGCCGGCAACACUCUAUUAUCCAUAAUGAACUGUUGAAGGAAUGCCAUUCACUUCAAGUUCUCCGGGAGGAGCUUCAUGUCCUAGAGAAUGAAGGACGACCCGUCGGCAUUCCGAGCAAGCCAAAACUCAAGCUGAAAACGUUUGCAGCAGCUCCCAACAGACAAUCUUCGACUGGAGCACGAAAAGCUAUUGCCAUCAGCUGUGAAUGGGGGGAGGCUGAGAAUCAUCGAAGCGGAUUGCUGGCUAUUUGUGCCAUCGAUGUUCUUACUGGCGAGACAUUGAUGGAAUCUCUGGUUGCGCCAGACACAACACCACCCAUGGAGGAUUGGCGUACUAAGCAUCAUGGCAUCUCCCAAAAAAAGAUUGAUGCCGCAGUGAAGGACAAACAGUGCUUUCAGUGUUGGACACAAGCACGAGAGAAGCUUUUUGAGCAUCUUGAUCGGAAGACCAUCCUUGUCGGAUAUGAUACUAGCGUGGACUUGAAGCUGCUGCGCUUGUUUCAUACAACAAUUGUCGACUCGAAAAUACUGGCAAUGUCCGCCAUCUUCGGCCAAGAAGGGGGAAAGAAGCAAGCCCCGGAAUGCCUAUUGUUUAGGAUUUGCAGCGAUUUCCUUGGUAUGCCUGUCGAACAGAAUGCUUUUUACGAGGGCGGCACCGACAAAGUCUUUGAGAAGGCACUGAUAUCGAGAGAGAUCGCGUUACAAUGUAUCCAACGGCCUAACACCUUUACAAAAUGGGCGACUCAAUUGAAACCCAGGUUUGAAAAAGCUCCUAGAGUCAAGAAUGCAAGCCCAAAAAAGAAGGCGGUUCAAAACAAGAAUGAGGCGAAACCAGCAAAAACACCAACCAAGGCAAAAAAGACUGUCGCUUCGGAUGCCCGCCCCGAUGUUGAGACGACUUCUGGUCCUGGCUCGGACAAGAAUCAAGCUGCGGGCACAUAUAGUCAGGGAUAUGAGGCCGGGUACUUGGCCGCAUACCAGGCCGCCUACCAAGCUGCCUUUCAGAGCGGCUUUCAAACAGGCUACGAGAAGUGCCUCGAAAAUGUAAAUUCCCAAGAAAAUCAAGCAAUGGCCGACAAGGUGCACCAAUCUCACAAUGCAUACGAACACACUCGUCAGGAAUCGACCCAGCAUACAGACGGGGAAGACAUUUUUGACGACCACAGCGGGGUGCUGAGCCAUGAUGAGAGUUACGAUAAUGAUUGGGCACCGGCAUGGGAAUCUGGAGGCCUUCUUGCUCGACUAAUGGAGGAUGAAAAGAUUAGGGCCAUGUCGGAGAUGGCAAAUGGAUUCAAAACCAUGACAGUGGCGGAUGGAAACGAAGAAGCAGGCCAGACAUGCACACAGGAUGAGGCGAAAAAGAGAAGACGAGCCUGA